GCCUGGGUCCUUUCUAUGAGGAAGUGGUCCAGACUGAUUUUUCUUUUUUACAUAUACUGUGUGACUGGAUAACAAGCAGAUCACCAGGGAUUUUCAAGAAUGGAACAUGGAAACCAAGGGACAACCCAGAGCACCACAGAAGAAACAAAUAACAGCAAGGAAGAAGAACCACCUGACCAAGCAGUAUCACAACAGGAGAUGUCACUGAUCUUAUCAAUGCCACAGAAUACUGGCAUGAGGACACCACCAGGGAGGAUGGAGAGAGAGUCCCCGUCACAUGCAGAGGACAAAUGUCCUCCUUUCUCUUUGGAGACUGAACUGUUGACUGGACCACAAAGUGCUAUAGAGAUAGGGAGUGGGGACAACAUGAAAGGAAGCUCAAACCUCAGUUCAAGCCAAGACCUAAAUCCUCAGCUAUCUGUAUCUGAAUUAAAUAGAACUCAGGGUCUCAAAGAAGAAGCCCAGAACAGCAAGGAAGAGGAAAUCUCUGCCCAAACAGCAUUACACUUGGAGAUGUCAUUGUUCAUGCCAAUGCAAGCAAUUAUUAGGAAGUUGACAUCACGAGGGAAUGUGAGGGUUCCCCGAUCCUCCAAAUGUACUCCUUUUCCUGUGAAUCUUGGGUGUUCUUCUGGCCCACAGAGUGACACAGAAAAAGGGAGUGGUGACACUCUUCAGACUGCAGUAAGCUUUCUUGACAAUACAACAAAAAGUAAAGAAAGUGAUAACAUCAAGAAGGAGGAAAAAACCCUCGGUGAAGAAUCAGUGAUAUUGAAUGUUGAUCCAGUGACUGUAAUGGAACCUGAGAAGGAAACUGAGACUUGUGCCACCCAAACAGAGGAAGCAUCUACACUGCUAGUUUCUCAUAAAGCAGUACAGAUCCCUGAAGAGACCAGUCUAAAAGCCCAAGACCCAGGAAAUGAAUUACAAAGCCCAGAUCCCUUUUGGUUUUUUGCAAACAUAAGUGGUCUGAUAGAGAAGGAAGAACAAUACAUAGAAGACCACGUCAACAGGCCAAAAAAGAGACACAUGGACCUUCAGGAACAUCUGGACCAGAAGUAA